UUUGACAUAUAACUUCUAAAUCUAAUAGAAAAAAAUCAGGUCUUACAAAUUUGGAAAAAUAUAAAUAAAUUUAGAGUUUUGGAAAAUGGAUAGUGAUACAGUUUUAGAUCGCAUAGCGCGCACUUUCGAAGACGUGAAGAACAUUGUAAGAAAUAAGCACUCAUGUGAAAGAUUACCAAAUUUAAAGAAAGAUAUUCAAUAUUUACAAACAGAACUCAGCGUAUUAGGUAAAGAAAAUCACGUUCAAUUCAUAAGAUCUAUAGCUAUGGAAGCAUAUUUAGCGCUAUUGACAGCUAAGUCUUUGCCAAUUUCCCUAAUAGAGAAACGAAACAUUCUUCAGACGGCUUUUGAUAAAAUAAAGCCUUAUGCAUUUCGUGAAGAGUGUCUAUUUAUACUACUAAGAAUACAAAAUUUGCUUUGUUAUUAUCUCAUACAACUGGAUCAGACAUCUUUAGCACGAGAAAUUCUCGAAAGCAUAGAAGAACUGUAUGACGAAAUAAAGGACUACAAGCCAGAUACAUUUAUAGAUGCUGAAGAUUUAUUUACUAUCGAAGCAAUUAAUAAAAUUAAACGAAUCAAUCCCGAAAAGAUUGAUAAAGUAAUAACCAAUAAUUUACAGAUGCAAGCUUUUCUAUACAACAAAUUAAAUAUUCCUAACAAAUAUACAUUAUAUAAUCAUUUGGUAUUGAGGAGACAGUUAGAAAUGAAGGAAGGUACCCCUCAAGACUGGGCUCUUAGAACUGCGAGGUUAGGAAAUUUCUUUACAUAUCUUAACCAACUAUGCCAUGCCAGACAUCAUCUGUGUGCAGCAUACCAUGUUUUGCGUACCUGUCACGACAAUUGUAAGUUAAUUCCUGAAGAAUUUGUUGUUCAGAAAGCAGAUUACGAAAUGCAUUUUCUUGAAUUAAGCCACCAUUGGGUAAAAUAUGGUUUGGCACUCUUUAAUAUUUCACGAAAAAAGCUUUUAUCCAAAUAUUUUAUGCAACCUCCUUCAAAAGCUGAUUUGUGGAAAAAUAUGAAUGUCCUUGAAGAGCACACUGAAAAUACUAAAGUUCCUGAGGAAAACGAAAAAGAUAGUGGCGCCGAAAAAAACGCAAAUGGAGAUUCUGCAAAUAACAUUUUCAGAUUUCCAUCGUUAGAUCUAAAAGACAUUGAGAAAAGAGUCCCAGUGGACAUAAUAAAGACUUCGGAAGAUGCCCGUGUACUCUUUGCUUUCGUACAUAAAUGGCUGAUGAGAGCCAAGCAUUACUAUGACUUUGAACAACAUCCAUCGCAAUAUAUAUCGUGUUCUUUACAGUUGGCAGAACUUUAUGAGCAUUUAGCGUUCUUCGAAAAAAACAUUGACAAUCAAUACAGCAUACAAAAACGAAGGGCAGAUGUAUUAGAAGCAUUAAAUUCCUUAUUAAAAACUUGUGACAAUGUGAUGUCAGUUCAGAUAGAUGUUAUCCGAGAAUUGUCUCAAGUACAGUUAGAGCUCAUGGCGUUAAAUCUACAAAAGUUGUGGCGCGAGGAAUCACAAACCAACAUUAUUAAUUUAAAUACCGACGCAGAUUCCAUAAUUAAUUCUUUGGAUUCAGAGUCAACUAAAACAUUGACUGAAAAAACAUUAAAUACUAGCUCUAAAAAUGUAUUUUUGAGGAAAAUGGAAGCUGCGACAUCCCUUAAUGGCUGUCUAUUUAGAUUGAGUGGACAACUAAAUGCACAGACUCCGUCAGAAUUGAGUCUUGCCAUAGAUCUCAAAAAUUAAUUUUUUUAAAACAUUUUGUUACUUUGUGUAAUCAUUUUGUAAAUUACCUGGUGAACUUUAAACGCAUUUUAUAUUUGUCCAAUGCGUAUACUUAUGUUACGUUAUAGGGCUGUCUGCUACAGGUCUACACAGUACACACAUUUCAGA